UAAGAAAAUGUUAAAAAAAUGUAUCAGAGCAAGAAUGUUUAUUCCGGAACACUGGGGGGGAGGAGUCACUUCGUCCAGUUUUCAUGUACAGUCAGUGGUUUUGUCUUGAAUUUAGCAUCAAUCAGGCGAUUUGUUACUGACGGAUGUGAGUCUAACUAUCCUGUCUUUCUGAUUCUCCUCCUACAGAUUGAUGGUUUCCUCCACUCAAACCCAACAGGACUGAGGAGCUCCGUCUCGUUUGAGCUCCGUCUGAUUGCUCCCAUUCAAUGGAAUUAGACGGUACCGUUUAACCGACAGUUUUCUAGCAGCUGGCUCCUUUCUUCAGUGCUCCUUUUUUACCGCCUUAAAUCUGUCAAAAGAAACACCAUAAACCUGAAUAAAAAUAGGGAGCUUACGUUCUCUCCCUGACGUACAGUAAGAGUGCAGCAGAAGUGAAGUUAAAGUGCCAACUUUCCUUGUGCUGAGAUGGAUGAAGUGCAGAACAACAGGACUUCCUUGGCGAAAGGUGCCAAGGACAUAGCAAAGGAAGCCAAACGGCACGCUGCCAAAAACUUCAGCAAAGCUGUGGACCGGGCCUCGGACGAAUACUCAUCUCAUCGCAGCUACAACCGAUUCCACAACGAGGAUGAAGAGGAGGAUAAUUACAACAGCUACGCUCAGCAAGAUGGCACCUAUCCUAACAACGCAGCCAACGACGAGGACGGGGCCUCCAGUGAUGCAACGGAGGGCCACGACGAUGAAGAUGAGAUCUACGAGGGGGAGUACCAAGGAGUUCCGGCCUACAAUGACGGGAAGGUGCAGGACAGUCAGGUAGCUUUGGGCAAGCCGGUGUCCGACAGCGCCAAGAGCCGGAAGGAGCUGGAAAACGAGAGGCAGGCGGACGAGGAGGAGCUGGCCCAGCAGUACGAGCUGAUCAUGCAGGAGUGUGGCCAUGGGAGGUUCCAGUGGCAGCUCUUCUUCGUUCUGGGGCUGGCGCUCAUGUCGGACGGCGUGGAGGUCUUCGUGGUGGGCUUCGUUCUGCCCAGCGCCGAGACGGACAUGUGUGUCCCCAACUCUGGUGCUGGAUGGCUCGGAAGCAUCGUGUAUCUGGGGAUGAUGUUCGGAGCCUUCUUCUGGGGCGGCCUCUCAGACAAAGUGGGCCGUAAACAGUGCCUGCUCAUCUCCAUGUCUGUCAACGGCUUCUUCGCCUUCCUGUCCUCCUUCGUUCAAGGCUACAGCACCUUCCUCUUCUGCCGCAUGCUGUCCGGCUUUGGAAUUGGUGGGGCGGUGCCCAUAGUGUUCUCGUACUUCGCAGAGGUGUUGGCCCGGGAGAAGAGAGGGGAGCACCUGAGCUGGCUCUGCAUGUUCUGGAUGAUCGGGGGAAUCUACGCCUCGGCCAUGGCCUGGGCCAUCAUCCCACAUUACGGCUGGAGUUUCAGCAUGGGAUCGGCCUACCAGUUCCACAGCUGGCGAGUGUUUGUGGUGGUGUGUGCGCUGCCGUGUGUCUCAGCGGUCGUAGCUCUGACUUUUAUGCCUGAGAGCCCUCGCUUUUUCCUGGAGACGGGCAAACACGACGAGGCCUGGAUGGUGCUCAAACACAUCCACGACACCAACAUGCGAGCCAGAGGGGAACCUGAGAGAGUCUUCACUGUGAGUCCCAGAACCUCAGCAUCACCGGCGCUGCAGUGCCGGCGGUGGGUCACAGAUCGGUGUCUCCCCCUGCAGGUGAACAGGAUAAAAGUCCCCAGACAGCUGGACGAGCUGGUGGAGAUGCAGAACGAGUCGGCCAACCCGGUGCUCAAGGUCCUCUGCAAGAUCAAAGCGGAGCUCAGAGGAAUUUGGAUGACUUUUAUGAGAUGCUUCAACUACCCAGUAAAAGACAACACCAUAAAACUUGCUGUGGUCUGGUUUACUCUGUCUUUUGGGUUCUACGGUCUGUCAGUGUGGUUCCCCGAUGUCAUCAAGCACCUUCAAGCAGAUGAGUACGCCUCCAGAGUGAAGAUUCACAACAAUGAACGCAUUGAAGACUUCACCUUCAACUUCACUCUGGAGAACCAGAUCCACAGAAACGGCGCCUUCAUAAAUGACAGGUUCAUCGGCAUGAAGUUCAAGGCCGUCACUUUCAUCGACUCAUCUUUCUUUAACUGCUACUUCGAGGACGUCUCCUCUGUGGGAUCAUUCUUCAAAAACUGCUCCUUUGUGGACUCUUUUUUCUACAACACAGAUAUCGAUGACACCAAGCUAACAAACUCCAGAAUAAUCAACAGCUCCUUCCACCACAACAAGACGGGCUGUCAGAUGACGUUUGACGACGACUACAGCGCCUACUGGGUCUACUUUGUCAACUUCCUGGGAACGCUGGCCGUGCUGCCGGGAAACAUCGUGUCCGCUCUGCUCAUGGACAAGAUCGGACGUCUCAGCAUGCUGGGAGGCUCCAUGGUUCUGUCGGGCAUCAGCUGCUUCUUCCUCUGGUUCGGCACCAGCGAGUCCAUGAUGAUCUUCAUGCUCUGCCUCUACAACGGACUCAGCAUUUCUGCAUGGAACUCUCUGGACGUCGUCACGGCUGAACUUUACCCCACAGACAGAAGGGGAACGGGCUUUGGCUUCUGUAACGCCAUGUGUAAGCUGGCAGCGGUGCUGGGCAACCUGAUCUUCGGCUCACUGGUUGGCAUCACUAAGGCUAUUCCCAUCCUGCUGGCGUCCUCUGUGCUGGUUGGCGGGGGGCUGGUGGGGCUCCGGCUGCCCGACACACGAGCCAACGUCCUCAUGUAGACCUGGGCCCGGAAGCACCUUAUUUACCAGGUUUUUACUCAAUGCACCGAAAAAUGACUCGUCUCUGAAAUCCAACUAUAAAACGAUUCCAAAAAUUAACAAUUUAUUCACCAUAAAGACACCUCAUAUCACUGCAAAAGCAUAAGAGGUGAACGUUUUUCUGUUGGGAGUAAAUGCCUGGUAAAGCUCGGAGGAGGUUCGUCUAAGGAUACAAACACUCUACUUACUGGUGUUUUGUUGUAAAACCUGAUUUAAAGGUUCAAAGCUUCCUUACAUUAAAAAAAAAAACCUUUCAGUGGGCUGUUUGACACUUUCAACCCACAACUGUGUGUGCCAAAGCUGCAAAAGGCUUAGACUUCCAACUUUUUACCCCCUUUCAAAUCUAGCUAGGAGUAGAUGGUAGCUGGAAAACAUUUUCCUUACGUUAAGCUACCAGCCGCAGAUGGUUAGCUAAGCUUAAAUGAAAAAAGAAAAAGUAAUAUUUUAAAACAACAAGCAACCACUGGUUAUGCAAACAUUCAUUACAGUGGUGUGUUGAUGUUUUUCAAGGUUCAGCCUGUUUCCCGCUGCCUGCUUAUUUAUUUGUUUGAGUAGUUUGCUUUAUAGGUCGGCCAAUCAGAGCGAGCAAAUGUAGCAUAACUCCAACUGAAGAUACAAUCAGUUUGUGUUCAUCUGCUACCCGGUGUGUCCCUUUUCUUUGAACUGUGCUAGAGCAUGACUGUUUGCUUGACCUCUUGGUCUGCUUUCACAUUGGGGUUAAUGAUCCCGACCCGAGUGUGGAUGCCACUACUUUUAAACACUCCAGGACAGUAGAUGGCAGCGCACACUUUUUGUAGGUUUACCAUUUGCUAAUAAAGAACAGGUUUAAUUCACUUUCAUGGCCCAUCUCAUACCUGACAAGUAAAAGGAUAUGUCAAAUAAAUAGUAUCAUAGAUUUGGAGAACCAGGCUCCGGCAUACCUUAGCCCCGUUUCCACUGAGCAGUCUGGUACGGUACAGUCUGGUUCAAUCCAGUAUUUUAAGCAUUUCCAUUGCUAAAUUGACCCAUUAACCCUUGUGCUCUCUUAUGAGGUCCAGAUGUCCCAACGCUUAUAUUGAUGUGUGAUCCCUCAUUUGACAAAAUUGGACAGGAUUUUAUGUCUGCCACAGACACCAAUGAAGAUGAAAAUGUAAUGUUAAUGUAAACAUGGCUAGGAUAGCACAGGGGUUAAGCAGAUCCAACCUGUACCUCUUGAGGGCCCUCAUAUGUUGUAGGUCCAUAGAAAAAUAGAACAGGACGGUUGGGGCGGAGUUGCUGUUGCCACUCAUCGAUUGGCAGGAAGUGAUGACGACAUUAGAAAGCACCAUUCUUCCUAUCCACCCACAAUCUUUUUUCAACCAACAUUAAAUUCCUGUUCUGCACGAUGAACAAAAAGUAAAGAAAGAAAAAACCAACCUGCUAAAUGACCUCCAUUGUUGUUGCUUUUCUAGUUGUCGUACUAAAAUAACAUGCUAGCGGUUUGCACCACGCAUGGUUGUGAAAACAAACCGCUCAGUGGAGCCGAGGCUUAAAUGAAUAGAAAAACUCACCAGAAUUAACUGGACCGUCCUGUAUUGCUCCUACCAUACUGGACUGCUCAGUAGAAACAAAGCAUUAGUGAGAACAGCAGUGUCUAGAGCAGGGUGGCUCAAAUCCAGGCCUCGAGGGCCUUGGUCCUACUUAUAACCAACCUUCAAUUGAAGCUCCUUAUUGGAUAAACUCACCUAAUUUAGGUAAUCAAGAGCAGAUAAGACAGGGUUUCUGGAAAAGCAGCAAGAGGCCAGCCCUUGAGGCUUGGAUUUGGACACCCCUAGUCUAGAGAAUCCUGCUCCAUCUCCAAGCCAUCCACUGCUUGAGUGAACUUAACCAAACAGGAGUGAUCAAAUUAACCAAACUAACCCAACUUUGGGGAUCAAACCGGUUACGAUGUUAUACGACUAGCAAGAGUACAGUCUUUGGUCCUUUUGUGGUUAUGUUCUAAAUCAAUCGCUUGCAGCCUGAAAGGACCAUAAAUACAUACAUUUUAAUUUAUUGUUUUUCAGCUGCUCCCUUUUGGAAGAACCAUAGAAAAUCAUCCACCAAACACCCCCUUGUCCUCCUUGACUACAUUCAUAAACCUCCUCUUUGGUAUCUCCAACCUCAACAUCAUUUUACCAACAUGUUCCUCUACUCAACGUGUCCAUACCUCCUCAAUUUGCUUUCCAGCUUUAACUUCUAAAACAUCUACCUAUGAUCUGUUCCUCUGAUGGAUUCAUUCCUGAUCACUCCCAAAGAGAACCUCUUCAUCUCUGCUACCUCCAGCUGUUUCUUCUAAGCCAACUACAUUAUUGCUCUAACCACAGUCUUCUACAUCUUUCCUUUCAUUCUUGCCAACACUCUUUUGUCACACAUCACAUCUGAAACCCCUUCUCCAUCUUUAACUAAGUGCUUGCACACACAUCUUCAGGUCUUGUCCACUGUUGUUCUGGACUGUUGACCAUAAAUACUUAAAUCCCUCCUCCUUCUUCACCUCUUUUCCCUUGUGACCUCACCGUUGCUCUCGUUGAGUUCAGAGACACUCAGCGAGAUAUUUCACUUUAGAAAAAGCUUUUCUUCAAAUGGGAACACGGGAAGAGAUUUGCAAAAAAAAAUAAAUUAGGGUUGCAAGAAAAAAAGCCACUAAAAAAGUUUUCAGAAACUUUUGGAGCUACCUAAAAUGUUUAUUGUCUUUUUUGCAACACAAAAAAUGAUAUCUAUAAGACAAAAGGUCAUGAGCCACUCAAAAACUGCAACAAAUACUCACAGCGGCAAGUAAAGUAAUAAAAAAAAAAAAAAAUUUCAAUUCCAGUUGUUAGACUUAGCAUGCUACUUUUGCAACAUCAGCAUUAGCCUUCUGCUUUAGGUAGCAGUUGAUGGUCUAAUUACAGAAUAACAAAGGGGAAAACACACAAGUAUAAAUGUAGUUUGGCUUAAUGCAGAGUUCAAACCCUCAAUUGGGACACCCAGAUAUUUUUCUGAGGUCUUGUUGUACUUUAACAACAUAGAAGCAUCAAAUGGAGCCUCUUGUGUGGAUUUUAGUUGGUUCCUCUGAAGCUCACAGAAUAAUAAGCAAGUCAGAAACAAAAUAAUAGACUAUAUUUAUUUGUGCAGAAUUUAUUUCACCCAUGUGAAAGCUAUCAUCUCAAACUGUUGUGUACUGGAAGCAUUAUCAUCAACCUUAAGAUGGAAUUGAAAGAAAUUAGGAUCUUAAGGACCUCAAACUAGAACCCUAGUUGUCCUCCCAUUCUCCAAAAAAUUAAUGACACGGUCUACCAAUCACUCAAAACGAGUCUGACUGCCGACAACGCGGACCAAGUUUGUAAAGAAAAAGCCCUCUCACAUCUACAAAGUCACCAGUACUUGCAUCCUAAUAUUCAUCCAUUUCUGUAAAACCGCAGCUUCAUUAAAAAUAACACAAUUUUGGUUUGUAAUCUGUGAGCUUCAGAGGUUCAGGUCCAUAGAGAGGUUGCCAUUUUCCAUCUGCUCCCAGUCUUUAUCAUUAACUCGGCUAACAAGCUCUAGUCUCUGAGGAACAGGAAUCAAAUGCUUUACCAGAUUUCAUGUCUAUGUUUGAGUGGUUGCUUUCUUUGGCAUUCACCUCUAGAUUUUUGAUUGAUGUUUUAUGGGAGAUAUUUAAGCCUUUUGCUGCAAUUUGCAAUAACAACAAGGCCAUAACAAAACAACAACUGCAAAGCAGUAGUUUAGCCAAAACUGACAGCUUCAGCAGCUAUAUUUCUGAACUAAAAAAGAAAAAAGUUUACAUUUUCUGCUUUUUACGGUAAAAGAAUUUUGCAUUGGGAUCCUUUCGUCUGAAUGUGUUCUCUCUCGUGUCUUUACUUGUCUUGUGGUAUCAAGCUCAUGAUAAAGAGCUGUGUAAAAGAAACUUUUUGUUAAUCAAAAUGUGCUUUUCUCUGUAUUUUCUUUUAACUCUGUGCUGUUUUCUUUGUUCGCUCAUUCUCGUUGAUCUUCUCCUGCCUUGCUGCUGCUUCCUAUAAAACUCAAAGGCCUUUUUUCAAAUGUUGUGCCUCUUCCUCUGUCAAAUCCGUCACUUCUUCCAAACCUUUGCUGGAAGCUUUGCUGCUCUGUCUGCUCUUUUAUGGAUCCUUUAUCACUUCAUUAUAGUGUAAAUUCAGACAUUUAUUUGCUUUUUUCUCAUCUAGAAACGAAAUAAGAAAACAAAUAUUAGGUUCAUGUCAUUUGAAAAAAUAACCCCGUGAGGGUUAGUUCACCCAAAAAUGUGUUUGUGGUGCUAACAGAUUUGGUUUUAUGGACUGGGAUGUUCAAACUAAAUGCAUUGGAGGUGAAUAAAAUGUGUGUUUGGACUCAUAAACAGCUGCGUUGACCGAGUCUAAAACAGGGAUAGUGAAGAUGAUCCCUUACUUUUCUGCCCUACUGAAGCAAGUUUUGCUAUUGGAUCGGCUCACUUCACUUGUGAUCAAACUUAUUCCUAGGGUAUACUUCAGCCUUAAAAUGUAUUUGGUGUUUCUAAUAGGAGCUAAGAAGUUUUUAAAAUAAGUCAUUUCCCAUUUUACCACACUUCAAAGUAAAGCUUGGAGUCUUUGCUAAAUUGAUAAGUGAACUUCAGUGUAGUCCAGAUCCAUUCUUAUUUAGACCCCUCUCUUUUAGCUGUACUCAUGUUUAAUUGUUUGGCUCAUAAUGACUUGGAAUAAGAAUUUGGUCGUAUACAACUGUCUUCAUCUCAGACUGGAUUUAACUCUGUGUUUUAACCUAAAACAAUAUAAAUUUAAAGUUAAUUUAGUCAAUUCCAGAUGUGCUUUUGUUGAUUAAAAAAGAUGGAUUCUUAAGUUUGUAGUUGCUUUAAAUUUACUUUUACUGGGGUUUUCAAGAACUCUCCAUCCUGUUGUAGAAAGACUUCUUUCAGAAAAGCAAGUUUUAAGUUUUAAUGUCACAAAAUUGUAGACGUUGCCCAUGGAAACCAAAUUAAUGAUUAGAUUCGGUUGGCUUUUUUUGGUUUAUAGCCCUUGCAUGUCAAGAGCAAAACAAGAAACAAUCACAGAUGUUCCUCAAAGGAAGCAAAUAAAAUAUAUUAAAAAAAAACCUCAUAGAACCCUGUGGAACUCCAAAACAAAUUCAUUUUAGUUUAACCUUUUUACACCAAAGCUUUAACUUCAUUGUUGGCGUUCUUUGAAUCGCUGUAACUUUUCAACUGUUUACACACUUAACGUUAACCAGCUGAUUCUGACACAGAGAAAGGCACUUUGUGCUGAUAUGCAACACCUUACAGUAGACUUUACAUUUGAAUUGCCUAAACAAACAAAGGCUGUGUUUACUUGAAUACAAGUAAUCUGAAUAAAUGCCUGAUCAGAAUACAUUUCGUCAUGUAAACAUGCCUUUUGGAAUACUCUGCCCGAUCAGAUUCAUGCUGAUCAAAAUUUCUUUCCCAUCGAGAUAGGUGAGAUAUGCCGAUUGUUGAUUCCGAUUGUGGGUCAUUAGACAGUGUGGUGCUCUAGAGGAGGCUUUGGAACGUGGACAGGACUGGUCGGCUGCCCCACGCAAGCGAACUGGGACAGAGCAGCUGGACUAGUAGCUUCCUGUCUGCGAGCAGGGGGUGGUGCUUUGUCCCGGUGUGCGCUCCAGAGGAGACUCCGGACCACAGUCCAAUUACUCAGGAGAACCGUGUCACCCAGGAGAACUGUCCGAGCAGCUUUGGGACAGUGUAUGAGCUGGUGGAGGUGGCUUUUGAAUGCAAAAUAUCGCUCCACACAGUCCUGAGAAACUGUGCAAACAAUCAUGUGAAUUCGCAUUUCCAAUUGUGUCCAGAUUAAAUAGCGGCUGAUGUAAAUCACACAUAUUUACGUGCAGCCAAGAUGCACAUUGUGGCCAUCCCACGUGGAUUUUACGUGCAUUUAAAGCUCAAUGUCUAACUCUAACUCUUCUUCCGAGUCCGUGCGGCCAAGAAUAAAUCACUGGCCAUACGAAUUUAGUAAAUUAUGAACACACAGUCACUUAAAAAUAAUAAUAGUAAAAGAAACAUUUAGAAGGUCAUCUGGCUCUUUGUCGCAGCUUUGUUUGUUUACAAUGAAACUUGCUACUUCUUCUUCUUCUACGGCUGUUUCAGGUAGUUUAGAUACUUCUGCGCAUGCCAAAAUGAUUUACUGUGAUCGAACGUGUGACGGAUGUAAACGUUUGCUCUAAUCAGAUAAAGUUUUUCAGGGGCCCAUAUGCACAGUUCAGUUCUAAUCAAAUUAGUUGUGUACAGAAAGCUAAUGAGUUACAGUAGUUCAUAGAGCUUGUAUUAUUUUGCUGUUGCUGGCAGCAUUUUUGGUGUUAAAGGGUUAAACUAUUAAUUUACAUGUCAGCUGCACCAAAUACAAGGUUGUUACUGAAAAAUAGUUGGACUUUUGUUAUAGACCGAAAUAACCUAUUGUGAUCUGAAUGUCUCCGGAUGGAGAUGCGUUGUGUGCAGAGGAUGUUCAAUUAUUUGACACGUUUUAUUGAGCAGGUCACAACAGAAUGGUACAGCUUGUGAAGAAUUAUAGUUUUUCUGAUGUCAAAACAAUUAAAACAAUAAAUACCUUCAUUGGCCAUUGUCUCCUUAUGCAAUCAUUGUGCCAGUAGUUUCAAGCAUCCCUUUUUGUUGGGACUUUGAAUAAAAUUAAAAAGGCACUUAAACGAACUGAACCUACUGUUGAUGCAGUCGUCUGUUAGGUAUUUUAAACUUAUGCAAAACCAUUUCUGCAAAAUCCACAAGAUUUUCAUUUGUUCAGAGAGUGGUUCUUGUGGGACAUGUUCCCUCAUCAGACAGCUGAUUCAUAGAAGGUUCUGAGGGACGUUCAAGCUGUUCCAGGGCAGAUUCACCUCCAAUGGAUUGACCACAUCUGACUAAAUGAAGCUGACUCCAUCCAUUAACACUCGUCUUGCUUUGGGUGAAAAACUUUUUGUGACUAGAAUCCUCGCUGCUAAGCUAUUUGAUGCUAAACAUUGGAAGUUUCAUUACAGCUUCUAAACUUCUGCACUCAAAAACUUCCGUAUUGUUUAUGUUGGUGUUUCCUGAUCUGCUCAUUGCUUAUGUGUGAAACUUUUUCUUUCCUUUUCAAGAAUAUUUUUGCAAGACUGUAAGCUCUCUGUGUUGGAUGCUUUUCCUGCAUCGUUCUGUUCAUGACGUGCUGAACAAACUCUCUGGAAGCAAAAUCCUGCAUGUUUGUUACUGAAGUGUCCCUGUUGUGUGUGCUUCUUCCUCCUCAGUGUCUUCACUGUUCCUCUGUGAGGGUUAACAGCUGUGGUUCCUGGGUUAAAGGUGAAUGUAUCAUUCUCGUGCGUCGUCAGAUUUGCUGUCCGUUGUACAAAGUUCUAGAGUUUUGUGAAAGGGCAUGUUUGUGCGGAGGUGACUGUGCACGAUGUUUUCCAGCAGAAGUCUUCAGAUCUUCCUUUAGGAGUGUUUCCGAUAAGAAUAAUUAUCACAAAGUGACUCCAACGGGAAUUGAACGCGUCUCUGAAAAGCUCUGCUGCGGAACAGUAUGUGGAAGUGUGUGUUAAACAGUUACCUGUCCUUGAUAUGAUUUAUUUUGAUAAGAAAAGGCUCAAGUGGAUGCCGUGUAAAGGUGGAUUCCUCAUUCUGAAUAAAGAGUUUCAUUUGAACAACUGCA